AUGUCUCGGCCACGGAACUGGACUUUUAGGGGGGGGGGGCAUCGCCCCGUGGACGCCACGGCCAUACCAGGGAAACUGGGGCAGGAAAAUCCUGGCUACCUCCGGCCCCCUUCCCCUCUUGCCUACGGAGCGAAGUGGUGCCGUCGGUCUGAGACUGCCAAACGCCUCGCCGUGGUGCCAAUUCAAGAACACCAUGGUGGCUCGUUUUGGGGGCUGGGCGUGCCUGAUCGAGGACGGAGCUGUCGAUCGAUGCCGCUAGCAGUCGUCUUCGACCUCUCUUGGGUCUUUCGGAGGGACCGUUCGUAA